AGCCGAGGCGAUCGGUGGUCACAAAGAUCAUGCAGAUUUAAGAAGUUAGUUUCUUUGAUCUAACUACGUUCAUUAUAUAUAUAUACGAUCGGAAUUUAAACUGUAAUAUAAAUAAAUAAUAAAAAUUUUUAUGAUAUUUUAAGUGAUAAAUUAAAUAAUUAUCGUAAUCAUGAAUGGAUUAAUCGUUUCGGUAAUAGUGAUUUUUUGUUUUUUGUAUACUGCAAAUUCGAUUCCUUAUGAUUAUUGGACAGCACGAGCUCAAAUAUUAACCAGUGAACAAAAAUCUAUGCUUGGCGGUCAACUUGAUUUUAAACAUGAUGAACGAAUUGCUAAUGAUUUUCUAAUGACGAAGAAACGUGCCGAAUUUGAAAAUGCCUUUAAAAACUCAAGUCUCUUUCUACCUGGACGUAAUUUCUUAGAGGCAAGAACAGACAUAAAAAAUUCAGAAGUUUAUAAAAUUAUUCGAACGAUGCCGAAAGGUGCUGUCCUUCAUGCACACGACACAGCACUCGUCUCAGCCGAUUGGAUUUUCUGGAACGUAACGUUCCGACCGAAUCUCUACGUUUGUGAAUCAUCAAAAGGUCUGCUUCAAUUACGAUUUUUCGAAAAACCGGACGAUAAUUGUUCAUGGAAACUUUUGAGCGAUCUCAGAAAAAACAAAAGUAUCGUCGAUACAAUUAACUCAAAGAUUUAUAAACAAAUGACUAUGCUAACGAAAAAUCCUGAAGUGGAUUAUAAAGAUGUCGAUAAAGCUUGGUCGAAGUUCGUUCAAAUAUUUGCGUUUAUCACGCCAAUGCUUACUUAUAAACCUGUUUACGAGGACCACUAUUACGAAGCCUUGAAAGAUCUUUACAUGGAUAAUAUCAUGUACAUUGAAAUUCGUAGCACCCUUCCGAAUUUAUACGAGCUCAAUGGCACCGUCUACUCGUCUCUCGAGACUGCAAUGGUUUAUAAAAAGACUACGGAAAGAUUUAUGUCAGAUUAUCCAAACUUUGUUGGUGCCAAAUUGAUAUAUGCCCCAUCUCGCAAAGUAGAUGAAAAGAAAUUCGACGAAUAUUUAACGAUACUUAAAGCUUUGAAAGAAAAAUAUCCCACAUUCUUAGCUGGAUUUGAUUUAGUUGGACAAGAAGAUAAAGGACAACCUUUAAUCGUAUUCGCCAAUAAAUUAAGGAGUCUCGAUCCAUCGAUCGAUUAUUUUUUCCAUGCUGGUGAAACUGAUUGGUAUGGUUCAAGUACCGAUGAAAAUCUUAUCGAUGCAGUUCUAUUAGGUGCCAAACGUAUUGGGCAUGGAUACGCUUUAACGAAACAUCCACUGGUAAUGGAAAUAAUGAAGCAACGUGGCAUCGCCGUCGAGGUCAAUCCUAUUUCUAAUCAAGUGUUGAGCUUGGUAAAGGAUUUUAGAAAUCAUCCGGCGGCUUAUUUAUUUGCCAACAAUUUUCCUGUUGUCGUUUCGAACGAUGAUCCUGGACUUUGGGGUAGCAAAGCUCUAAGUUACGAUUUUUAUCUAGCUUUCAUGGGAAUUAUGUCGCAGAAUUCUGAUUUGAGGGCUCUAAAGCAGCUGGCUAUUAAUUCUAUUAUGUAUAGUAAUAUGGAUGUUGAACAGAAAAAUAAUGCUUUGGUAGUUUGGAAAAAGAAAUGGUGCGAUUUUAUAGAACAAUUAGUUAACUCGUCUCAAGCACAACAAAUUUAACAUAUUCGAAUAGACGACCUAAUCGUUUAAUUAAUUUUUAUCUUGCCUAUCACGGAUGAGAUAUUAGUCAUUUAUUAUAAUUCUUAUUAUUUACUCGGUAUUUCCUCAUCAAGAACAUAGUUACACAUCGCGUUUUGUUUAUAUGUUUUAUAAUAAAGUUCUUCCUCUAUUAUAGUUAUAAUCUAUUUUCAGAAAGUGAAUUUUCAAAGCAAAACGAAUGGAAAAGAUGCUUUAAAAUUAUUAACACACUUUAAAUAUUCCGAACUUUGAAACACCCUUAAUUAAUUAACACUUAAAAAUUAUCUAGAAACUGCUCUAAUCUCGUGUGUAUUCGAUUCAAUUAUCGAUUUAAAAUUAGAAGAAAGAAAAUAAUGCAUAAAAAAUGAUAAAUAAAUAAAACAAUUUUAAGGAAAUUAAUGCUAACUAAAUGAAAUUUCGUUUUAGUUUUCUUUUUGUUUCUUUUUCGUUUUCUCUCUAUAAUUAUAGAUAUUUUUAAAACAUAAUUACGUACUCUAAUAUUACGUAUGAUAAUAUUUGUAUACUUUAGAUUUAUUUCUGACACGAACAAUCAAAAUAGAAGAAAUACGAUAUCGCACCUUUCUUUCUUUCUUUGAAACGAAAAAAAGUCAUUUUCGACUCAUUUCUUUAAAAUUAUACUUUAUUAUAAUUGUUGCAACGAAGAAUGUGCGGACUCAUUUAGUAUGCAAUUAUAGUUAAUAAAUAAUUCAAGGAUAGAUCUAACGUAAAUGAUAUAAAUCAUCUUUUAUCGAUAAUCAGAAUCAAAGUUUCUCAAUGAUAAAAUUUUUAUAGAAACGGUUUGCAAGAAAAAUGUUCUAAAGAAAGAAUUUACAUAAAACUUAUAUAAUAGGAUCGAUAUACAUCUAUCGUAUUUCUUCGUUUCCUUUUUUCUUUAUAGAAUUUUUUCUCUAUUUCAUAACGGCGUUUUAUAAACGAGACAAUAUUGUUUUAUAAUUAAAUUACUCUACGUAAGCGAUUACGAUUACAAUACGUUAAAUCGAUGCGGUUUGAAGAAUAUUAAACGACGAAUAAGAUGUUUUAAGUAUCUGUGGAAAAGUAGCCUUUUGUUUUUGUGAUAACUACAAUUUAAAAACAGAAAAGAAAUAUUACUCACCCAUGUAAAAGCGUCAAGAUUGAGAGAAAAAAUCCGAUGAUAAGAUAAUGUCAAUUCUUUCUGACUGAUCCUCAUCAAGAACUGUAGGUUUCGACGAUCACUCUGCGUAGACAUUACCCAAUCGCUAUUAUAAAUAGCAUCGGCGACUUCUUUGCCCUACGUAUAAAAAUAAGUUAAAUAAACAUAUUCUCAAUCAGAUAAUUAUUUCUGUCAAAGAUAUACCUUUAAUCGAAGCUCAUUGCCGUACCAACAAUAACAAAAAAUUUGGAACAUUAUACAACCAGUAUAUAAAACAUAGGAACAAAAUUCUACGGUAAAAGGAUUUUUCUAAAAAAUGUAGAUGUAUAUAUAAAAGUUUAAGUAAGGUUAUAUAUAUUAAAAAGUUGCGUCAAUAAAUAUAAAAAAAAAACUAACCUUCGACAUUUGAAAGAUGGUAGUACAAAGUGUAACUAAGCUGAAAAAUAAUAAAAAGGCUACCGUCCAAAUGAACAAAUAUUCGAUUCUUCUUACGAGAUCGUGAAUAAAUACGUGAUGUCUAACA